UACAAAACCUACGCUGACGUGAGAAUCUGUAUAUAAUUAAAUCAAAUGGAACUCUAACUGUGACGGCCGCCGGAGCACCCGGAUUUUCUCCGAUGAACGACGACAUUCUUCACAACAUCUUCCGCAGGCUUCCGGCUCGAUCCUUCGCAGCGGCGGCCUGCGUUUCCAAAACAUGGAACUCUACUUGCAAUCGGAUCCUCCGUCGCCCGAAAUUCGCCUCCGCCGUGUCCUUGAAUCCCUCUCUUCACGUGGCGGUGGAGGAGGUUGUUCAUAAGGUUCUGUCGGAGCCGAUUCGGCCGCAGUUCGCCAUUGCCUGUAUCGGCGUGGAAUUCAGCUUGGAAGUGGUUCACCAUCUUAUUACAGAGGCGCUGGGAUCAUGAACUCUGGUGAUAACAAAUGCAGCCAGAGGCAUCAUCGGCGUAGACGCGUUAACCGAUGAAAUCAAGGAGGUGAAAUGGGAAUUAGCGGGUGAUUAUGAUAUUGAAACUCAAGAUUACAACUCGAUCUUCAAUCGAAACAGAGGAAUCGUUUUGGCCGUUGGAUUUCUGCCCGGAUUUAAAGUUGAUGCAAUCUCACUCCUCCGUUCAAUUAGGGUGACUGAAGAAGCUAUGGCGGAUAAGUUCGUAACGGAUAUAAGGGACCAUACGGCCUCUGUUUCUGACUUCACCUCUCCUUACUGCAUUAUACUGUUUGGAGAUCAACACGAGGACAUGAAACCCAUCAUCGCAAAGCUAGAUUCAGCUAUGGCCGAAGAAACAGUGAUUGUGGGCGAUGCCUGUGGCUGCUUCUUGAGUAAAAGUAGAAGAACAAGCAACGAAAUUCAUGGGUUUUCACUUGGUGCUGUAGCUUUAGUAAUUGCAAGGGACAAGAACAACCCAGAAUGUGUAGGAGAAACCAUUUUCCAUUUCACAUCAUCCACUGGAACAAUCCCUUUUGGUCUUGAAUUGAAAGCCGUUUCCACCAGCGUCAGAGGCUCCAAAUUCACAUGGCUCUCUGCUUUCAUGGAAGGAGACAACGAAAUCCUUCAUGGACAGAGCAUUCUAAAGGAUCUUCAAGAAGAGAUCGAAUACGACGAUUUGGAAACCGAUAUGUUCAUCGGAGUAACGCAAAAUCGAAAACAGAGCAUCGGUUCACAAAGCUUGGGGCCCUCAAAAUCCUUGGAUAUGUAUAAAGUUUUAGGGGGAGACCAGCAGUAUUUUGUGGUGGACGGCGUCGGAAUCCGGCCAGGCGAUUCCAUCUUAUUCUACCAUUCUGAUUCAGAAACUGCGUCCUCUUCAUCCAACAUUGCAUUUGAAGAUCUUACAACUCUAAACCCACCACCCAAAACCAAUGCCCCCGCAAGCUCUGUGUUUGCCGCCGGUAAAAGUGCAGUUUUUGGAUGCCUUAUAUUCUCCUGCCAUUCUCGAGGACAGGCGUAUUUUGGACGUCCCAAUGUUAAUUCGUCGCCGUUUAGUUUGAAUUUCCCCGGUGUCCCGUUUUCCGGGAUGUUUUGUGCCGGGGAAAUUGGUCGGGCCGUUUCGAGGUCGAUUCGGGACGAGGAAGAGGUAGAUGAGGAUGAUUCUGUUCGCCGUUUUCUGCAUGUUUAUAGCACUGUUUAUUUGGUUCUGUCUCAUAUUAAUGGCGGAGGAGAAGGUAGAAGAUGAAGAUGGUGAUGAAUAUUAAAAAUAAGAAAGAAUAUU